GUCCAUCGCUGGCAGGAAAACCGUUCAGAUCGCGCCUGUGGUGCACAGGCCAUAUGUAUGCGUAGUAAGAAAAGGACCUCACACACACAGACACACACUCUUGACACCCACGCACAUAGGGACAGAAGAGAUGGAGAUCGGCUCACUCACUCACUGUACACUCAACACCUCCAACUCGUCAGCUACGAAGUCACGAGUCCCCCCCAGCACCGCAUAGCCAUGCCUCAUCUUCCCCGUGUACCCCGCAGGCACAUCGUCGGCAGGGAGGAGCUGACUGCCGCCACUGACGUACACGCCGAACACGUAGUUCUCCUUGCAAAUGAUGAGCACCAGCCGCUACUUGGAGCCGUGCAGAGACGCCCUGCACCACACACAGACAAAGGAAUGCAUGACUCUGGCAUAACAGGAGCAUGUGUGUGUGAGUGGCUGUGUACGUGUAGCUGAGUGUCAAAGUGAUGUCGCCGCCAGCCACUGUGCGACGUGCGUCACAUACGAGAGGCCGAUGGAGCUGCCGCCCUUCGCCCAUGCACGCGCAGCACUGACAGACACACACAUGGAGCACACACACACAGAGAGUGAUGUUCUCAGCUUCGUGUGCAUGUUGUUGUGUCUGCGUUUCUUUACCGGCAGAAUGGGCAGACACCGUCACGAACGCUAUGGGGCUGGUGGUCUAACGGGACGACAGACGAAAUCCAUCCUACCAUCAGUCGCACCAUCAGCCCACGCGCCGCAUCUGUGGUACGGGCAUCCGCCCGACAUUCCUGAAUGCCAAGGGCAGCCGCUCACCCUACACACACAAGAAGACACAACAUACCAAAACACAAUGCGUGGCACCUCGGUAUGAGGCUUCCGUAUGUCUGUGUGCACGUGUGAGUGCCUGUGUACCUGAGCGAGGUCGGGAAAGGGAUUCUUGUUGGCCUCUUCCAACAGCUUGAUGAAGAGCUGUUUGAUAGUCAUCGCGUCUAAGUCUUCCUCGGUGGUCUCGAAGAGCUUUGUCAGCCUAUGUCGAAGGUUCGUGAAAGCUUCCGCCGGCGGUCUCUCGACCACCUCACAUCCCCUCAUGCUGCUGAUCUGUGUGGCCAACUCGAGCCGAGUGCUGUCGAUCUUCUUGCCGAGCCCAUCUAUCUUAGCGUCUAUCUUAGCGUCCAGCUGAGCGAUGGCAUCCAGCACUCCCUUGUCCGCGGCCGGGGGUGAGGGCGAGGGAGGCGGCGGGGGUGAGGGUGAGUGAGAUGCUGAGGGAGAGAGGGCGGCUUCUGUUGUCGGGGCGUAUCGUGAUUUGUAGUCGGCCACGGUCAUCAAAGGGUUCUGCUUGGCGGAAAAGGUGGGCGGCAUCAUCUCGAGGAGCUCGACAGCAGCAUACAAGUGGGAAUCCCUAGCCGCAGGGGACGAAGGGACAGGGAUGCUGACAAAAUGCUUCUUGGGCUGCUCGAGGCUGCCGAGGGGCGUGACGUACAAGAUCGGGUGCAGAGCUGGUGUCAUGGAAGAGUCAGUGGUGCUGCUCAUCUGCCGUUUCGUCUUGGAGGUCUGUAGCGACACGCCGUGCAGAAGACCACCUAGAAGACCUUCGGUGUGGUGCCACGACGUCUCAGCCGUGGUCACCAUGGGACUGCCGGAGUCCCCCGGCAUUGAAGUAAUGCCGGACAGCCGCAUCCACAUGCACUCGGAUUCCUGGCCCGCACCGCCCGCCGCCGAAGCCGCCCCAGCCGUCACAUCCAGUGGCCUUUCGAACGAGACCUCCGUCACGUCGCCCUUGAAAAAACGAUGACGUUCGACAGAAGACAGCUCGUGGCGGAUGUCGAUGUUCCGGGCGAUAACGAGUCGCUUGGCAGGAAGGGCGGCACAAAGAGGGGCGUUGUCCUGCGCCCUCAGGAUGGCAAGAUCAGGAUGGCCGCUGACGAUGUAGUUCUUGUGGAUGAAAGCCGCCGCCACCUGCACCGUGUGCUCCUGGUUGUCGAUGACCAUCCUGGCGCCUGUGGCGCCGACUGCGACGUGUGCCGCUGUCAUGAUGAACAGGUGGUUCUUGUUGGUCUUGAGCAUAAGUCCCUUUCCAAAGCACGCGCCCUCGUGCAUGACCUCGCACGGGCCAGCGGCCUCGCUCAGCUCGUCCGCCGGCCGUUCCCUCCACAGGCAAGACAUCACCCAUGGAC